UGCCCCGAGCGGCGCUCGGAGCCGGGCCCGGGCUGGGCCCAGAGUCCCGGAGAGCCAGGACGGGACAGACCCGGGGAUCCAGGACCCGAGAACAUCCCUGGGGAGGCCAGAGCUGGGCAGGAACACGGGGCAGGAAAGGAUUUCUCUGGGGUUUUACCAGCUGCUCUCAGAGGCAGGAAGCUCGCUGCCAAAACAACCGAGCUGCUGAGGGAUCCUCACGGGGCUUGGCUCCGGCCCAGCUCCUGAGCAAGCCCACCUUGAGGGGAAAAAAACCCCAAAAAUUCCUGAUCCAAAAUGUCCCUGAAGCUGCCACGGAACUGGGAUUUCAACCUGAAGAUGGAUGCUGCAAAAAUAGCCCGCUCCUGGAGCGCGAUGAGCGGGGACCCCUGGUGUUCCGGGCCGGGGUCCCCCCGCGGGCCGGAGCGGCCGCUCAAGCUGGGCUGGCUGAGGAAGCAGCGCUCCUUCGUCAGGAACUGGCAGCUCCGCUUCUUCGUGCUCCAGGGACAGCAGCUCCUCUACUACAAGGACGAGGACGAUGCCAAGCCCCAGGGCUGCCUGUCUCUCCAGGGCAGCACCGUCAAGGUGCCAGCCACCAACCCAGAGGAAGGAGGGAAAUUCAUCUUUGAAAUCAUCCCAGGGGGGUGUGGAGAGCAGAACCGAGCAGGGCAGGACUCCUGUGUGCUCAUGGCCAGCUCCCAGGCCGAGAUGGAGGAGUGGGUGAAAUCCAUCCGGAGGGCGCUGGGCUCCGCCUCAGGAGCCGUGUUCGGGCAGAGCCUGGCAGACACCAUGGCCUACGAGCAGAAAUUCGGGCAGCACCUGGUGCCCAUCCUGGUGCAGACAAGCGCCGAGUUCAUCCGGGAGCACGGCGUGGCUGAGGAGGGGAUCUUCCGCCUGCCCGGCCAGGACAGCCUGGUCAGGCAGCUCCGCGACGCCUUCGACGCUGGGGAGAGACCCUCCUUCGACAGGGACACCGAUGUCCACACCGUGGCCUCCCUGUUCAAGCUGUACCUGCGGGAGCUCCCGGAGCCCGUCGUGCCCUGGCUGCAGUACGAGGAUUUCCUGCUCUGUGGGAAGGUUCUGGAAGCUGAUGAGACGAAGGGCCAGCAGGAGCUGCUGAAGCAGCUGUCCCUCCUCCCCAGAGACAACUACAACCUCCUCAGCUACAUCUGCAGGUUUCUCUUCGAAAUACAACUGAACUCCAGCGUCAACAAGAUGAGUGUGGACAACCUGGCAACAGUGAUUGGAGUGAACCUCAUCAGACCCAGGGUAGAGGACCCUGCAGUUAUCAUGAGAGGCACACCCCAGGUCCAGAAGGUGAUGACUGUGAUGAUCAGUGACCACCAAAAGCUCUUUCCCCCAUCCAAGGACGUGCCUCCUUCCCCACCUGCCCAAAAAAACGAGAAGAAAGCUCCUGUCCCUCGCAGCUCUGUGGGCUGGGGGGCUGCAGAGGACCCCACAGCUCCCAGAGCCUCCACCCAGAGGCAAAUGAGGGAUCACCCCAACUCCAGCAGCGUCCCUGGGCACGACACAGAGCCCAAAGACACGCUGGGAGCGUGGGAAACACAGCCAAGGAAAAGAACCCAGACUUUACCUACGAGGAAAUCCUUCCUGGCAGCGGCUGCUCCGGCGGAGAAGGGCAGCAAGGAGAGGAGCGAUGCCCUCACCAGUGAUUUUUGGAGAGGCAGCACACUCCCCACGGCCUCUGAUGGACACAAGAGAACGUUGUCUCAUGAUCUCUUCAAGCUGCUGGACCUGCACAGGGCCUGUGAGAGCGUUCCCCCCUGGCAGGCAGAGAGCGGGGAGGGCUCCAGCCCUGCCAGCAGCAUCUCCGAGAAGGAAUUCCUGCCCUGCUUCAGCCACGAGCCAAAGGAAGCUGCCAGUGCCACCAGCAGCCCUGCUGAGGAGCCCAGCCCCGAGCAGGAGAGCAGGGAGUGCCUGCAAAGCCUGAUCCUCAAGCUGGAGGGAGAUCUGGAGGCGCAGAGAAAUGACUACGAGGGGCAAAUGAAAAGCCUCCAGAAGGAAAACUACGAGGUCUGGGCCAAAGUGGUGAGGCUGAAGCAGGACUUGGAGCAGGAGAAGAAGAAAUCUGGGGAGCUGGAGCUGAGGCUGAUGAGGGCAGAGCACGCCCGGGAGGAGCUGGAGAAGAAAACCAAGGUGCUGGAGGAGGAGAUAAAAAACUUAACUCAAGCCACGAGUCAGACUGGUGCCAAAACCAACUAGGAGGGGACACUCAGCUUUUCACAGACACCAAAUGCAGCUGCACAAAUGCACAGGAAUUGCAGCUCCAGAGCCAGGGACUUGCAUUGUGCAGGGUCCUGCUGCUGCCCACAGGCCGAGGGGGAGGAAGGAGAGCA